AUGUUAACUCGAACGAGUAGUAGAAUUGAAUUGAAUAGUAGUAGAUACAGAAAUAUAGAAACCUAGUUAAAAUUGUAGGAAUAGAUAUUCAUUUUGAAGUGACAUGCUAAAUUAAAGCCACAUUUACUACAGGGAUGGCGACACAUCCGAGUGAUUUCACAGAUUUUCCACCAGAAAUAAUACUAAAACCACUGGCGCUAAUCGGACUUUCAGGAUUGGACGCUUUGAAUAACGCUGUGCACAAGGAGAUAUGGGAUGCAUUUGCCAAUAAUAGGCGGCCAGAUCGUGCAGCAGUGCGCUUCAAACUGCUUAACAACACAUUCGAAUUCCCUGUCGUAAAACCAAAAAGAAACUCGUAUGAAUGGUAUAUACCUAAGGGAAUCCUUAAAAAGAAUUGGAUUCAGAAACGAAUCACCUUAAUUCCUGCAGUUGUUGUGUUAUUUUAUGAUAUGGAAUGGAAUGACCCCCAAUGGAAUGAAAAAAUAAUAGAAUGUGCAUCAAAAGUUCAAUCCAUACGCGCGGCUGUGGAGGGUCACGCCACCCGUGUAGCUGUGGUUGUAAUUCAAAGCGGACAGUCGCCGCCGCCUUCCGAAUAUAUGCUUGGUGCUGAGAGAGCCCAAGCAUUGUGUGCUGCUUGUGAAAUUCAGUCAAAAUCAUUGUUUGUGUUACCCCAUAGUGACCAUCUCAUGGGAUAUAUCAUUAGACUAGAGAAUGCAUUCUAUGAUAUUGCUCAAAAUUAUUAUCAUCAUGAAACUAAAAAUAUUAAGCAACACAGAGACCAUUUAAACAAAACAACACAUCAAUAUUUAUUUGUGAGGCAUCAAUUCAAACUAGGCUUCUUGAAUGAAUUAAAACAGGACCUGAGUACAGCUCACAAACAUUAUAUGCAUGCUUACAAUAACUUGCUAGAGACUCGGACAGUGGAUACAAAUAUGCAUGAAGUGAGGACUGUAGCCGGCUUUAUUAACUACAAACUGUGCAAGUUACUGUUUGCACUUAACUUGCCAAGGGAUAGCAUAGCUCAACUUAAAUCUCACAUUGAUCGAUAUAAGAAUAGAGUUGGCUCUACAGAACUGUUGUUUGAACAUUAUGCCUGGAUUGCAAGACAAUAUAGUGCAUUUGGAGAACUUUUUGAUGAAGCAAUUAGAGCUGGCCUACCUGGAAUACAGACCCAACAUCCUGGCUUCUAUUACCAAUAUGCUGCCCAAUUUACAGUCAAAAGGCGGCAAGCUAUGAGAUCAGUCUGUACUGAAGCUACAAAAUAUCCUCCACUCCCGGAUCCUUUAGAAGGCAUAGUUGAAUAUUAUGGACAGAGGCCAUGGAGGCCAGGUCGUCUAAGUGCAGACCCACACGAUCCACAAAAAGAACAAGCUGCAGUUUUAGCCCUUCAAUAUAAUGAGAGAAUGUAUAACCACUCAGCAAUGAUAAUUAGUUUCUUGGGCAGUGCUAUUUCUCAAUUCAAAACAUUCCAUUCACCAAGGAUGAGGAAGCAGCUUGUAGUAGAGAUGGCUAAUGAGUAUUAUUAUUCAGCAGAUUAUGGCAAAGCACUCACAUUGUUGAGCCAUAUGUUGUGGGAUUAUAGAAGAGAGAAGUGGUGGUACUUAGCAUCCCAUGUGUUGAAUAGAGCACUACAAUGUGCCUAUUUAUCUGCAAAAAUACAAGACUAUGUGCAGCUGUCUAUCGAAGCACUCUCUAAAUUUAUUCAAGUGCCAAAUAAAGAUAAAGAUAGAAUCUUCAGAAAUAUUACAGCAAUAAUGAAUGUGACUGUACCUCAAGGAGAGCCUGAUGUGCCCCUCCAUUCACAUACAAAAGCUACUGAAAUUUGGCGUUCUGCUAUAGAAAAAGAGCCUUUCCUUUUAAAUGUUGACAUGGUUAAUAUUUCUAGCUUCCUGGAAGUUAAACCAAAGUUCAAGCAACAGCGUUAUAGAAUGGAUGAAAUUAUUGAGGUUGAAAUAUAUGUGAGACUAACAUACGAAACUGUUUUGGAGGGAGUAAAGGCAUUCUUAACUAUAUCUAGUGCUACAGAAACAAUUGAAAUUCCUAUUACUCAAGAUGGGAGUACCACAAUAUCAUUGGAAAGUUCUAAAGUAAAAAGAUUUUUAUGUCAUUUCAAACCCAAUCCUCUUGACAAUGGUUCAGAGUUACAUAUCAAAAAUAUUUCAUUUAUUCUUGGUUCUGAUAAAAAAAGAAAGAUUGCUAUGAAUUUUAAAAUAGAGGACAAUAAAACCCUAGACUCAACAGUUCAUCCUGAACUACUGCAUUUCAUAUUAAGUCCUAAAGCUGACUUUGAAUUUGAUUCCAUUGUGCCUUUAACUAUGGCCUCUAUAACAUCCAGAGAGUGUAAACUAUCUAUGUCUGUUCAAAACAGCAGUCCCGCCCUACAGGGUGAGUGGUUUCCUACAACAAUUUCUAUUGUAAACAAUGAGGACCGUCCUGUUUAUGAUGUCAGAUUCACAUUAGGUUUAUUGAGUUCACCUGACAAUCCAAACCCCGAGUCUGUAACAGAAUUGAGUUUAAAAGAAGGAGAGUCACAACCUCAGCCAAUUAAUAUGACUGCAGGAACUAUUAAUAAAUCUUCUGAACACUCACUAUUAUUUUACUUAAAAACAAACAGGACUGCCACAGCUACUGUCCAGAUUAAAAUAUCAUAUUUUAUAGAUCUCCCAGAGAUAAGUAAAUUGGAGUGCAUCAAAGACUUCACAACAAAAAUUACAGUUAUCAAACCAUUUGAAAUUUCCACUAAUUUUGUAACUAUGAAUUUUAAAUCAAUUUCAAAGUGUUUUGUGGAUGAUCCAUUCAUUGUCAUGCCUCAAAUAAAAAUAUUAAGUCCUUGGAAUUUGCUUAUAGUAGAUACUGAAUUAGAGAUGGUAGAUUGCUUUAAAUAUUCUGAUAAUACAAAGCCGCCUUCUUGUAUUAGUGGUUUAGAAGUUGCAGAGAAAAACAUUGCAUCAGAUGCUAUUUGUAUUCAAGCAAAGUACAAACCUAAGGAUACUCCUACAAGAGUUGGUCUUUAUAAUAUUAAAUGGAAACGAAAGUCUGACUCCAGUGGACUGUGUGUAAUGAGCAGCACAGCACUUUCACCAUUGCCUAUAGAUGAAUGCCCAAUAGCUGUUGAAGUCAAUUAUCCUGAAGUAGUAGAAGUUCAAACUUCUGUUCCACUAAAAUGUACAUUAGUAGGAAAAUCCAACACACCAAUCAGGCUUAGUCUUACUGUAGAAGGAACAGACUUUUAUAUGUUCUCCGGCUACAAGAAACUAACAGUGACAGUGCCCCCUAACGAUCGUGUGGAGUUGUGUUACAAUAUCCACCCCCUCCUCACAGGAAACACCACUCCACCGAGACUUCAGGCCACAGUUUUAGGGGAUAAUGCUAAUCAAGAAAUAGUCAAGGAAAUGUUUGAUAAAAUCUUUCCUCAGAAUAUAUUUGUUAUGCCUAAGUACAAUAAGUAAAUUGUAUUAAAUGUUAAUCAAUACUGACAUUUGUAAAUAGUUAUGAACAAAAAUGUAUAAGUUAAAAAGUAGUUACCUUGUGAUUAUUAUUCUUAAAUUAAAUUUGGUUAUUUGUU